AUGGAUCAACAAUAUCACACAGAAGAGGAAAGAAAAGCUGGACGUGUUCCAACUGAAACCGUUGCUGGAAGCCGCAGAAUCCCCAGGAAAGAUCGUACCGUGAGUGAAAACAGUGGAGAAACAGACGAAUGGGACGAAAAGAAGAUGAAGUUGACCAAAGCUGAGGCUAGAGAGGUAAUUUUGAUACAAUUUACAUAAUUGGAAACUUUGAAGGCUUUAGAUUUCUGUAUGAUUUGGCUUCUUUUAUUGUACGUAUGGUUACAUUGUUGUAAAGAACGGUGAAAUUACAGGAAAAACUCUUGUGUAAAUUAAUUCAGUAAUUGGGUAUAGAAUAAGUUCUUCCAUAAAAUACGAAAUCAGGAGCUCGAAAAGGUUAAGAGUGUCAUAUGUUUCAGAUUCAACGGUUGUUCCCAACCGAUCGCAUCAGAGCCAAACACGAGAAGCCUUUGCCAACUCAUGAACCUCAUUCCUAUCGUAAAACUACACGCAGAUCUCAUGAAUUCGAACUGUUCCAACCGAAACGAUUCAACUAA